AAGAGAAAAGAAGCAUUAGAAGAGAAGGGAAAACAGUAGAGUAGAGAAAAAGACAAUGAUGGAGAUGGAGGCGCAUAACCCAGACAGGUAGGGUCCAAUUCCUCCAUAAAAUUCAAUUCCCAUUCCAUUUCUAUCUCCAUCUUCCUCCCUACUCCACCUCCAUUAAAACCCACCAUUGCUUUUCCUUUCCUCCUCCUCCUCCUCCUCCUCCUUCUUCUUCUUCUUCCAAUUACUUCUUUUCUAAUCAAACCCAACCACCCUCUUUCCUUAAAUCCCCCCUUCUCUAUCUUCCUUCUAUUUCAUGCUUUCUCAACAUUCCAUGUCGACUAUUUCCAAAGAUGACAAUAUGGUUUUGUCCUCUGAGGACUCUUCAUCCCCCGAUGAUUCCGAAAUCGAAUUGGGCUUAGGGCUUUGUCUUGGUCUUCGUGAUUCCCCACCUAACAUUCACAAAACACCCAUUGGAGGUAUUCAAUUUCGUAGAAUUUUAACGGCUGAGGAUUUUCCUUCCUCCAUCUCUUCUUCUUCUUCUUCUUCUUCCACUUCAUCUGUUUGUUCCUCCUCUUCUCUUCGUGGAGUCAAUCUCACUGAUGCCUCCAACACUAAUUCUGAUUCUGCUCCAACCGUUAAUGGCGGGAGUAGCCAGGUCGUGGGUUGGCCCCCAAUCAGAGCUUCUAGGAUCAGUACCUUGGUUAACCAGGCAAAACCACAUUCUGUAGAAGAAUUCAAGGUAGAUACUGGAAAGGAUAAAAACAAGCAUCAGAAGAUAGGAGUGCUUAAGGGUAUUAUUAGUGGUAAAGACCAAGCAAAGGAAGAGAGUAGGAAUUUCAGAAAUUCCGUGUACGUGAAGGUGAAUAUGGAUGGAGUUCUUAUUGGACGAAAGGUUAACCUUAGUGCUCACAGUAGCUAUGAAACCUUGGCCCUAACAGUUGAGAACAUGUUCCUUGAUCCUACUGCUCUGGUUAACUCAACUGGAUCAAGCAUAAAGGAACAUGACGGAGUGAGACCCUCCAGACUACUAAAUGGACAUUCUGGGUACAUGCUUACUUAUGAAGACAGGGAAGGAGAUUGGAUGCUUGUUGGCGACGUUCCUUGGGGAAUGUUUACCCACUCGGUGAAGAGGCUCAGGAUAAUGAGAGCAACAGAACUCAAUCAAAUUGGCAGGUGAUCUGCCAGCAAGAUUGAAACUCACCAACUGAAGAUAUUUUUUCUUUCAUUUUCUUUUGCACGACACCUAUUCUCUUGGGGAGUUUGAAGCUCUGUAGCAGCAAGAGAAGGGAUUGGUGGUCUUAUUUGAGGAAGGCCAAUAUGCAUGGAACUGCGGUAAAGCUUGAAAAACUGUGCAAAUGAGGUAAUAGGCGAAGCAUUUUGAAAGCAAAAGGAUUGGCUGUUUUUUUUUUUUUUUUUUUUCCUUCUUAUUAUUCCCUCUGCUAUGGGAAUUGUCAACUUGUGUAAUUUGGAAGUCAUAAGCCAUUCACAUAUACAGAUGUGGGAAUGUUUGUUGUGAAUAUGAGAGCAAAUAAUGCUCAGCUUAAGCCUUUUUUGGCCAUGAAGAGCUUUUUAUUUUUUUAUUUUUCAAA